AUGUCGCCGAUAGUUCUAGCCAUCUUGAUCUAUUUGACAUGCUCAGAUCAACAUUCAAUAACCGUCACACGUUUUCCGUCGACGCGCAGCUUUGCUCUCGACGGUCGUGUCACAGUUUCUGGUGUAGAGGUACGCUUUUCUGAUCCAAAACUGCAACCAGUGCACACGAUAUAUGGUCUGCGCUAUGCAUCUCUUGGCGGUGAAGGGGAUAGUGUAGUGUCAGGUCCUGGGAACGCGGAUGUCGGAGAGUCCUAUCAUCAUGCCGCGAAAAGGCGUUUCAUGCACUCUGUUGCGGCAUUCAUAUAUGAAACGCCGGCCCGUGGCCACCUGCAAAAGACUGGACCCCCACCUGAGUGCCCUCAGCCACGAAGAGCACAGUCGGAGCAUGACAAUUCUUUUGAUGAUUGGACAGCCAGGAUUGACACCACUGUCGCUUCCUCCCACCAUCUCUUGCAAAACCCUCAACCUGCCACUCAGCCUGAGGACUGCCUGACGUUAAACAUCUUUGUCCCUGAGGCAGGCGCGGAAAACAUCAAUGGGCAUGUGCUUCCAGUGCUCAUUUUUGUGCACGGUGACUCCUACGAGCAUGGAUCUGGGAAUGCCUAUGAUUUCAGCCUCUUUUCAAGCCUUGGCAGCGUUAUUGUAGUCACACUCAACUACAGGCUUGGUGUUUUGGUGUGGCCAACAGGAAAUAUACCUUUUCACUUACAAGGUCCAAAUUACUAUGGAAUAAAAAGACUCGUUCUUUUCGACGGAUCAGCCAACGCACCAUGGGCUACGUCUGUAUGCGACACCGACAUCAAGUCACUUAUUGAAUCCAAGUUUCAAAUCCAACAGUCUUCCUCUGCCACCGUUUUCGAUCUGCUUCAGGACCUCCCCAUUUCAUCCAUCCUCGAAAUUCAGCGGAAUCUGUCCCGCCUAGGUCUCGAGAGAUGUUUCGCUCCUUUGCCACGAAAACAGCAGGUUGUAACCAAGAGACCAACACUUUUCGAUCGGGUCGAUCUCAUGUACGGGCAGACAGAAUUCGCGGGAUCCCUUUUUUACCGCAAUGCAGCAAUUGAAAGCAGUGUGAACAAAUUCAUGCCAGCAUUGAGCUACCUACUAGAACAUAUAUUUCAAGUCUCCGCUUAUCCGUUGAAUGACCUGCUGAAAUACAUUUACGUGCAAUCUGACACGUGGACCGAAAAUGAUGAUAUUAAUGAGGAAAAAACCAAGAUUUACAAAAUUUUCACCGACGCCUUGUUCUGGACGCCUGGCCUGGCAACCCUUAGGCAGCAUGAAACCGGACAGGAGCAGAACUCGGAAUUCGGUUCACCGGGAUCCUCUCGAUAUGCUGUUCACUUUUCUCGGGCGGGCUAUGGUGACGAUCUUAAUCUACUUCUCGGUUCACCAUUUCUUUCGGUCUUCCAACUCAAGACCAACAUAAAAAGACGUGUCAGUAACCCUGUUUUAGGUAAGCCAAUUGUCGGAUUCAAUGAGCCGUCGCCACCGAACGAUGUACUCGAUGUUACUUCAGCUUAUAGAAAUCACUACACGACCUUUUGGAUGAAUGUAUUUCCUAAAAUCGCUGCUAAUAAUAGGAGAACGCCUCCAUGUAAGGGCAGAGCUGUAACCCACUUUGCAGUGCCUGAAGUUCAGUACAAGGAGGCCACAAAGAAUGGACACACUUCAGCACCUUCCAAAUCAAUCGAGCAAGCGCCAAUGAGUGAGCACCAUUUUGCCGUUUCCAAUGAAACAGUAGAAUUUCCAUCUUUCUACGACACAAGUCAGGUGCCGUCCUCAACACCUGGAGAUGCAAAGGAGGGCUAUAAGCGAAUUUUUCUGCUCACAAUAGUUGUGGGUCUCUCCUUAUUCCUUCUCAACAUUGUCUUUACUGCAACCUUCUACUUUUGCCAUCAACAACGCAAGGAUGGAUCCAGCGGUAUCCUUAUCUCAGCUUCCGAGGCGGAUCACAGAGAAAACAAAAAUCAUCCACCCACAAAGCCGACAAACGCAAUGACAGGUUGUCACCAGUCGGUGGUGAAGUUACCUCUACUCGGCUCGGCUCUGGAAACACCAUUUCAGCAGGCAACAGCAAAAUUGCAGACAAACUUCCAAGAUGUUGCCUUUGAGACACUACAAGGCUCACCCAAUCAGCUGAGACAAGUGUAUCCACCGGGUGGGAACCGAACUACACCGAUGACAGACCACCGAACCAUCAUGGCGUUGGACUCCAGUCAAAAGAAAGAAGAGCACGAAAGACCCAGUGCUUGUAUGAUCUGA